AUGACACAUGUGCCAGAAUUAAAGAAAUCCCCUUCUCACCUCCUGAAGAAAUUUGCAGUGUGUGACAUUCCUCUCUACAACAUAUGUGACUACAACAUCACCAGAGAGCGGUGCAAGGAACUCAGGUGCUGCUUCUACAAAGGCGUGUGCUAUGAAAAAGCGGUUCCCAUCUACGUGCAGGUGUUUUCUGCCUUGAUCGUGAUCAUUGCUGGGGCCUUUGUCAUCACUAUCAUUUACAGAGUUGUUCAGGAGAGUAGGAGAGAAAAGGAAGUCCGCACGGAACUGCUUCCGUCUCCCAUGUCCAGCGAUCAAGUGGAAUUGACGCUCUCCGGCGAGCAGGUGGGGUCCAAGCCUGGGAGUGCGGAGCUGUUGAACAGGAGCAAGGACAGCAAGGAGGAGGAAGAGGAUGCAACACUGACAAUAAUGGAAGAUGAAGAAACUGAGGACUGA